GCUGAGCGGGCUGGCGGCCAUCUUGUGAAGCGGCGAAAGAGGUGGUGGCUGCCCUGGGCUCCGGGAAGCCGUUCGGGCUGGGGCUACCGACCGCGGGGCGGAGGCACUCGCGCGGGGGGUAACUCGGGUCUGGGUUCGGGUGCCGCGCAGCUCUCCCCGGAUUGACUUGGCCUCUACUUCUUGUUAAGAAAAUACAUCUCUUGUUUUAUCAGGUGUGUGUGGUUUCAGCGCAGCAUGGCUGUGGUCAUCCGUUUGCAAGGUCUCCCAAUUGUGGCGGGGACCAUGGACAUUCGCCACUUCUUCUCUGGAUUGACCAUCCCUGAUGGGGGCGUGCAUAUUGUAGGGGGUGAACUGGGUGAGGCUUUCAUCGUUUUUGCCACUGAUGAAGAUGCAAGGCUUGGUAUGAUGCGCACAGGUGGUACAAUUAAAGGGUCAAAAGUAACACUAUUGUUGAGUAGUAAAACGGAAAUGCAGAAUAUGAUUGAACUGAGUCGUAGGCGUUUUGAAACUGCCAACUUAGAUAUACCACCAGCAAAUGCUAGUAGAUCAGGACCUCCACCUAGUUCAGGAAUGAGUGGCAGGGUAAACUUGCCUACGACAGUACCCAACUUUAAUAAUCCCUCACCCAGUGUAGUUACUGCCGCCACUUCUGUUCAUGAAAGCAACAAAAACGUACAGACAUUUUCCACAGCCAGCAUAGGAACGGCUCCUCCAAAUAUGGGGGCCUCCUUUGGGAGCCCAACGUUUAGCUCAACCAUUCCGAGCACAGCCUCUCCAAUGAACACAGUCCCACCUCCACCAAUUCCUCCAAUCCCAGCGAUGCCGUCUUUGCCGCCAAUGCCGUCCAUUCCUCCAAUACCAGUUCCUCCCCCGGUACCUACAUUGCCUCCUGUGCCUCCUGUGCCCCCAAUACCCCCAGUCCCUUCUGUGCCACCCAUGACCCCACUGCCACCCAUGUCAGGCAUGCCACCCUUGAACCCGCCUCCUGUGGCACCUCUACCUGCUGGAAUGAAUGGCUCUGGAGCACCUAUGAAUCUGAACAAUAACCUGAACCCUGUGUUUCUGGGUCCAUUGAAUCCUGUUAACCCUAUCCAGAUGAACUCUCAAAGCAGUGUGAAACCACUUCCCAUCAACCCUGAUGAUCUGUAUGUCAGUGUGCAUGGAAUGCCCUUUUCUGCAAUGGAAAAUGAUGUCAGAGAUUUUUUCCAUGGGCUCCGUGUUGAUGCAGUGCAUUUGUUGAAAGAUCAUGUAGGUCGAAAUAAUGGGAAUGGAUUGGUUAAGUUUCUCUCCCCUCAAGAUACAUUUGAAGCUUUGAAGCGAAACAGAAUGCUGAUGAUUCAACGCUAUGUGGAAGUUAGUCCUGCCACAGAGAGACAGUGGGUAGCUGCUGGAGGCCAUAUCACUUUUAAGCAAAGUAUAGGACCUUCUGGACAAACCCAUCCCCCUCCUCAGGCACUUCCCAGGUCAAAAUCGCCCAGUGGGCAGAAAAGGUCAAGGUCAAGAUCACCACACGAGGCUGGUUUUUGUGUUUACUUGAAAGGGCUACCCUUUGAAGCAGAAAACAAACAUGUCAUUGAUUUUUUUAAAAAGUUGGAUAUUGUGGAAGAUAGUAUUUAUAUUGCUUAUGGACCCAAUGGGAAAGCAACGGGUGAAGGCUUCGUAGAGUUCAGGAAUGAGGCUGACUAUAAGGCUGCUCUGUGUCGUCAUAAACAAUACAUGGGCAAUCGCUUUAUUCAAGUUCAUCCAAUUACCAAGAAAGGUAUGCUAGAAAAGAUAGAUAUGAUUCGAAAAAGAUUGCAGAACUUCAGCUACGAUCAGAGGGAAAUGAUGAUAAAUCCGGAGGGGGAUGUCACCUCUGCCAAAGUCUGUGCGCAUAUAACAAAUAUUCCCUUCAGCAUUACCAAGAUGGAUGUUCUCCAAUUCCUAGAAGGAAUCCCAGUGGAUGAAAAUGCUGUACAUGUUCUUGUUGAUAACAAUGGGCAAGGUCUAGGACAGGCAUUGGUUCAAUUUAAAAAUGAAGAUGAUGCACGUAAGUCUGAACGCUUACACCGUAAAAAACUUAAUGGGAGAGAAGCUUUUGUUCAUGUAGUUACUCUAGAAGAUAUGAGAGAGAUUGAGAAAAAUCCUCCUGCCCAAGGAAAAAAGGGGUUAAAGAUGCCUGUGCCAGGUAAUCCCGCAGUUCCAGGAAUUCCCAGCGUGGGAAUGCCCAGUGCGGGACUGCCCAAUGCGGGAAUGCCCAAUGCGGGAAUGCACAAUGCGGGAAUGCACAAUGCAGGAAUGCCCAAUGCAGGAAUACCUGCUGCAGGAAUGCCCGGUGCCGGAAUGCCCGGUGUGGGAAUACCCAGUGCAGGAAUGCCUAGUGCAGGAGGUGAAGAGCAUGCCUUCUUGACUGUAGGAUCUAAGGAGGCCAACAAUGGGCCUCCAUUUAACUUUCCUGGUAAUUUUGGUGGGUCAAAUGCCUUUGGACCACCACUCCCUCCUCCAGGAUUAGGAGGGGCCUUUGGUGAUGCUAGGCCUGGAAUGCCUUCAGUUGGAAAUAGUGGUUUGCCUGGUCUAGGACUGGAUGUUCCAGGUUUUGGAGGUGGACCAAAUAAUUUAAGUGGACCAGGAUUUGGAGGGGGCCCUCAGAAUUUUGGAAAUGGCCCUGGUAGCUUAGGUGGUCCCCCUGGCUUUGGAAGCGGCCCUCCUGGCCUUGGAAGUGCCCCUGGGCAUUUGAGUGGGCCUCCAGCCUUUGGCCCUGGCCCUGGCCCUGGCCCUGGCCCAGGCCCAGUCCAUGUUGGUGGUCCUCCUGGCUUUGGAUCUAGUUCUGGAAAACCAGGACCAACAGUAAUUAAAGUACAGAACAUGCCCUUCACUGUGUCUAUUGAUGAGAUUUUAGAUUUCUUUUAUGGCUAUCAAGUGAUCCCAGGCUCAGUGUGUUUAAAAUACAAUGAAAAAGGUAUGCCCACAGGUGAAGCUAUGGUGGCUUUCGAAUCUCGGGAUGAAGCCACAGCUGCUGUCAUUGACUUAAAUGACAGACCUAUUGGCUCUAGGAAAGUAAAACUCGUAUUAGGGUAGCUGUUCACAUCAAUUCUUCAUAGGGUAGAUAUAGUCUUCAUAGUGCUGUGAUUAAUGCAUUCAGAUUGUUUUCCUAGUGUUUCCAGGUUAGAGCCUGUGGAUUGUUUCAAUUGCAUAUAGAUUGGUUUCCAUAACAUAGAGCAUUGGUUGACUGUUUACAGAAGACUCACUACCAGGAUAAACAUUGCUGUAUGUUACAGUAAAGCUGUCCGGAGAGAACACAAAAAUGAUUUUGGCAUACUAUUAGAGAAACCAUUUGUAAAACUCAAAUGACCACAUAAAGCUUAUCCAGGAGUCUAGAUUGGUUUUGUUUUAUACCAUAUGGGAUGAAGAAAAUAGAAAUGUCAAUAGAGCUCAUUGAGGGUGCUCUUGCCAGCUGCUGAAAAAUAGAAGCUGGCUACUCUUGGAAUUUGGUUUAAAGCUGGACAGAUUUGCUUUGUUAUAGGGUCAAAGCUUUGUCUAAAGUCCUCAUUUUCUUUUAAAAUUGAAUAAAAUCUCUGUAUACAGAUUCA